GUUUUGUCUUCCCUUCGUUAAGUAGGGUGGUAAAAAAUAGGCUCCAAAGUUCAUUUUUUCUUCGAGAAUUCCACCAAAAGACUAGAGUAAACUGUCUCUUCUAAAUGAUUUUUGCGCUAUUACUUGCCCUCAAUACUCCACAGAGACGGCAAGACCUGCGCGCUGCAGAAUAUAGAUGUUUCCGGUGCCUCCGUAGUAGAGUACAACCUUGGUUUAACCAAGAGAUCUAUAGUGUCCUAGUUCUUAUUUUAUUGAAAGAUAAAAUGUUAA